AUGAACCCUUCAGGUCCAUCAUUUUCGACCGACCAGGACCUCCCCGAUUAUCGACGGAUCAAAAAAGGAGCGGAAUUUUCCAGGUAAGCUUACAAAAAAAGCCCAAAAGUGCAUGGACAUUUUUCCUUUUCGCACAGUGCAUUUUGAACUUUUUAACAUGUUUGUCGCCAACGCACAGUGCAUUUUUGUUUUUCUCUUUUCGUACACUGCAAACCGCAAAAAGAGCCGUUUUCACUGUGCAAAUUCCUGGCGUCGACGCAGCGACGUAGUUGAAACUUUCUUUUGUCGCAGCGAUAUUUUCAUGCACAGUGCAAACCCAAAAAAAAAAUAUGAAAUGCACGGUGCAAAACCAGGGUUUUUGUGAUUCGGACAAGGGUCCAUGCACUUUAUGCAUUGAAAUAUCGCUGCGACAUAAGGAAGUUUCAGCUACGUCGCUGUGUCGGCGUCAGAAAUUUGCACAGUGCAAAUGGCAUUUUUUGAGGUUUGCACUGUGCGAAAAGAGAAAAACAAAAAUGCACUGUGCGUUGGCGACAAACGUGGGAAAAAGUUCAAAAUGUAAUGUGGGAAAGCGAAAAACGUCCAUGCACUUUAUGAAAAUAGUAAUAUUAUCUACGAUCGGUAAAAACGAGCUUCAAAUUACUCCCUCAACUCAGGGAGUAAUUGAAGCUUCUAAUCCCAAUUCCGCUCCAACCCCAUUUCUUUCAGUUUCGACGAGUUCAAUCGGCACUUCUCCGCCUGGAAAGAGCAUUACCACCAUCCUUUCCGGAUCUACAAUUCGGACAAGUUCCGGCUAGCCAACGGAGAAGUCCAUCCCAUUUUCAAAGUCCGCGCCGUCAGCUAUCACUGCUCCCGCUAUGGAGAGCCGAGACCUCGAGGGAACAAUCCGCUGGGCGGCAGGCCCACGAAACACUUGGCUUGUGGGUGCCGGGCCGGCCUUCGGAUCGUGUACAAUGCGAAUGGAGAGUGCUUGCGGAUAACCACCUUCAACGACGCGCACAAUGGGCAUCGGACCUCGGCGGAGGAGUACAACUCGAUUGUGAAUAAGCAGUACAAACGGCUGUUUAGUCAAGGUAAAAAAGCGAACAAAAAAUUCUUUUUUUUUUUUUUGAUAUAUCCAUUAUAUUACACUUGUCAAAAUCUGCUUCAGAAACCCGAGAAAGCCUGUCCAAACCAAGCUGUGAUGGACUAUUAAGCUCUUCCGAAGAAAAGCUGCCAAAAAACUCGUCAAAAUCCGACAACAUCACAUCAAAUCCCAAGUUAUUCCCGGUCAUUCCCUACCAUCUCCACUAUUUGAUGUUUCUUAAAUCUCUAAAUUCAACCUUUUCAAAGUCGAAUCUUACUUCUGACACAACUAUCACCACUAUAAACAAAUGA